AUGACUAAGCCAGUUCGUGCCUUGUUUGAACAUGGUGCUACUGCUUUUGAUAUAUGGGAGGCCGCUCGGAAGACCUAUACUGUGACUCAGAAUAGUUCUCGUCUAUUUCAACUCCGACGGCAGUCCAUCCUUACUUGUCAGAAUGGUGUAUCUGUCAAAGUGUUCUAUGAAAUACUCCAUGCUAUCUGGCAGGAAAUUGAUUGUUUGGGUCCACAUGAAUAUAGUUGUGCCGAUGAUGGGGCUCGUCGUUUGAAAGAACUUGAAGUCAAUCGAGUUUAUGAUUUUCUUGGAGGACUUGAUCCACCAUAUGAUGGUGUCUGUAGCCGUAUCCUUGCUCUUAGUCCUGUCCCACCCCCUAUUGAGGCCUAUGCCAUGGUCAUGGAGGAAGACACCCGUCAGUUCGCUAUGCUUGGAGGAGGUUCUAUGGCCCUCAAAGUCGACCCAGCACAUCAACGACCUGUCACACAGCACGACAUGACCGGUCGCCCCUCAUCCAGGAAAUUUUCUCCUUCUGUUGGCUCUACCCGUAACUCUCUUGACGAUCCUCCUAAAUGUCGUCAUUGUUAUGGGAAUCACUACUCUGAGAAGUGCUUUAAGGAGCAUGGUUAUCUCGAUUGGUUUGCUGACUACAAAGCUCGUACGUACGGUCCUAAGGCCGCCUGCACUAUGACUCAAGAUGAGACCCAUCCUCUGGCCCCGUAUGCAAAUAUGUGUGCUUUUGAUACCAUGCCAGGUAUGGGUUCUAAUACUUGGAUAAUUGACACUGGUGCUUCUGAUCAUAUGACUUAUGAUGACAAUAUGUUUGAUAAGUUGUCUCGUAACUCUUGUGACCCCUAUAUUACUAGUGCUAAUGGUUUACCUUCCCUAGUUACUGGUGAAGGUACCAUCCACCUCAUUCCUUCUUUACCUCUAUCCCAUGUCCUUUUGAAUCUCAAGACUCAUGCGAAGAUUGGGCAUGGUAAACGGAUAGGGGGGUUGUAUUACUUACAGUUACCGGUUGCAAUAGUUCGUGGGUGUGUCGCUAAUAAAGUCCAGGGUGGCAGUGUCAAAGACAAGCAACAACUUUGGCUGUGGCAUCGUCGCUUAGGACAUCCUUCGUGUGAUGAGUCUAGCUUCAAAUGUGAGACUUGUGUAAUGGCCAAGAGCCACCGUACUAUUUUUCCUUUGAGUAAUAAUAAAGUUGCAUUGCCUUUUGAGUUAGUACAUUCUAAUGUAUGGGCCCUUCCCCGUGUGACUUCUCAUGGUUUCCAUUGGUUUGUCACUUUCAUUGAUGAUUGCACUCGCUUAACAUGGGUAUAUUUGAUGAAGCAUAAACAUGAUGUUGCCUCUAUUCUUCCUGAGUUUUGUGCUAUGAUGUCUACUCAGUUUCAUGCCAGUGUUAAAGUAUUUCGAACUGAUAACGGAGGUGAAUAUGUGAAUCAUACCUUGACCCAAUUCUUCCUUGAUCAAGGUAUCAUUCAUCAAACUACCACUCCAUUCACUCCUCAACAGAAUGGUGUGUCUGAAUGUAAGAAUCAUCAAUUACUUGAAGUUGCUCGCUCCCUCAUGUUGGAUAUGUCUGUUCUUCACCAUCUUUGGGGACAUGGUGUUUUGGCCACUGCCUAUUUGAUUAACCGUACUCCUAGUCGAGUUCUGGAUUUCAAGACUCCGCUUAAUGUAUUAUGUGCCCAUACUCCUCCAGUUUCAGUCUCUAAGUUACCUCCGAAGGGGGAGAGGAGAAGUGAAUUGAAGAAUUUCGGAAUGGAAGAUCUUGGACGAAAAAAUGUAUGUGAAAAUCUUGGAAUGGAAAAUCUUGGAUGUACAGAGGCAUAUGAAGGAAUCUCUGACGGAGUGCCAACGACCGGUCGCCUAGAGGACGCGACCAGUCGCCAAGCAAUCUGUGCAAAACCGACCGGUCGUGUAGAGGGUGACGACCGGUCACACGGCACGAUGCGUGACGAGUGCAUGGAAACGACUGGUCACCCAGAGGAUACGACCAGUGGCCCAACAAUUUGUGCAAAACCGACCGGUCGCCCAGAAGAUAACGACCAGUUGUCGGUUGAAUUCCUUAAUGAGAUUUGCCCUUCGCCAGAAGAAUGUAACAGUGAUAUUGGUGACUCAUGUGAAGAUGAGAUCGAUAUAAGACUCCCCUCUACCCUGACAUUGUUCCAAUCAACUUGUGAUGAUGAUGAGAUACAAUGCUUGUUGGAGAUGGAAGCCUUAAACAAAAAUGCCACUUGGGAGCUAAUCCCUUUACCAAAAGGAAAAAAGGCAGUUAGGUGCAGAUGGGUGUUUACUCUGAAGCACAAGGCUGAUGGUUCCAUUGACCGUUACAAGGCAAGGUUGGUAGCCAAAGGUUAUACUCAGACCUAUGGAGUGGAUUACACGGAGACCUUUGCUCCAGUAGCAAAGCUCAAUACUGUACGUGUACUUUUGUCCUUGGCUGCUAAUCAUGAUUGGCCUCUGUUACAAUUUGAUGUAAAAAAUGCAUUCCUCCAUGGUGACCUCAAGGAAGAAAUAUACAUGGACCCUCCGCCAGGUAUCCCUGUAACCUCUAAGGUGGGUAUGGUGUGCAAACUACGGAAAUCCUUAUAUGGAUUAAAGCAGUCUCCAAGAGCUUGGUUUGGGAGGUUUGCUGCAUGUAUGAGGAAGUCUGGGGUCGGAAAGGCAGAAAUACAAAGUCUCCAGAAAUAUCUGGCGUCUGAAUUUGAGAUGAAAUCAUUAGGUAACUUGAAGUAUUUUCUCGGGAUUGAAGUGGCUAGAUCUAAGCAUGAAACUAGAAUGUUGGAUUGUAAACCAAUUGAUACUCCUAGUGAACAUAAUCACAAGUUGGGGUUAUAUCCUGAUCACGUUCCUACUGAUAAGGAGCGCUAUCAACGGCUUGUGGGGAAAUUAAUUUAUUUAGCUCAUACACGUCCUGACAUUGCAUGUGGAAGGAUACACAAUUCUGAUUGGGCAGGUUUGGCUACUGAUAGGCGUUCUACGUCUGGGUAUUUUACGUUUGUUGAUGGUAAUCUUGUUACUUGGAGAAGCAAGAAACAAAAGGUGGUGUCUCGAUCUAGUGCUGAGGCCGAGUAUCGUGGAAUGGCCCACGGUGUAUGUGAGUUACUGUGGUUGAGGAGAUUAUUGAGAGAUCUUGGCUUUGGGCCUAAGAAACCUAUGGAUUUAUAUUGCGAUAAUAAGGCUGCGAUUGCAAUUGCUCAUAACCCUGUACAACAUGAUCGUACAAAGCAUGUGGAGGUUGAUCGAAAUUUCAUUAAAGAAAAGUUGGAUGCGGAGAUAGUUUCCUUCCCAUUCAUCAAUUCUGAGUAUGAAUUAGCAGAUGUCCUUUCGAAGGCAAUUUCUACUAGUAUCUUCCACAACUCGCUUGACAAGUUGGGCAUGCGUGACGUCUUUGCUCCAACUUGA